AUGGAUAGACUCCCAGAGAAUAAAAAACUGGACGUUAACAAAACUUUCAAAAGUCAGCGAGAGUCUGUUAAUAAUCAUAUAAUUCCAGUUAUACAAAAGGCAAUUGAUAGGAAGGCAUUCCCAGUAGUUGAUGAGGUACACUUUGGAAUGAUAUCAAGAAAAGAAGAAAAUAUGCUAAUUCAUGACGUACUGAAUCUGGAAGUAUCAGAAACAGAUGAUGAAAAUCCUAAUAAGCGAAAGAUCAUCAUCCGAGAUCUUAAAUGGAGAUCUUCAACAUUACGCAUCUUUUUGCGAGAAUUUAUAGAUAAUGACUUUAACCCGGCACGUAGAACAAGAAAACGGGUAUAUAGUAAUGAUAAAUUCACACCUGAUGAAGAAGAAGCACCCGUUAAUACUCCUAAGAGAUAUAUUAGUAUUCACUACUCUCCAUCUCCUUUUAGGAAUAAUAAUAUCAGAGAAAAAGAUGUUGAUGAUAACAUUUAUAUUAAUGAAGCGGAAGAUGAGAAGGGAGAUAAAGAGGAUGAGGAGAGAAAUGAGGAGAAAGAUGAGGAGGAGGAUGAUAAUGUUGACAACGAAGAAAAAAGAUUCCAAAGAUCUAGGAGCCUGGUAUCAGGAGAGUAUAAUAGUUAUGAGAACUAUUAG